CGCUCUGACAACAAACGCUUUGUCUCUCCCCACCACUCCGACAGGCCACGUACAAGAGCCGUCUGCGCUGGCAUCGCUUCCCCCAGCUUCGUCUUCCCCCUCAAAUACAUCCAGACGAGACCGCUGUGCUUGUCGACCUUCCAUCUCUUCUGGGGGUUUGGAAGGCUGAGCAAGUGAGCAAAUCGCCACGCUGGAUUACGACGCCCGUGUUCCAGUCCCGUUCAGCGUCUUCCCCUCCACCUACAGGAACGAGAAGACUUCCGACACUGGAGUCACGACUGACGAGCAAAUCACUGUCCAAGGCGCUGGACGGGAAGAUCGACCAGAGCGACAAUCAGCUACUUCCCGUCGAGACGACCGCUACCGCGAAGACAUCCGCAUCACUGAAGAAGAGCGAUACCGCAAGGGCGACAAGCGCGAAGGCAUCCGCAUCCACGAAGAGCACUUCUCAGGCCCCGGCCGUCACCACGACACCAACGUCAACGUAGACGUCGACAUCCACCGCGAGCGCUACCGAGAGCCAUACCAACGGUACGCCGACGCUCAGAUCAACGUUGAGGACCGCGUCUACGACCGCGAGUACCCGACCCGUCACACUCCAGCCACUCACAUCGACCUCGACUCUCGCAUCGACAUUAACGAGCGUGAGUACCGUGACCGCACCACCCCAUUCGCCGAGGAGUACAAAGCUUCUCGCGUGUGGCAAGACAAGUCGACCUACCCACGUCAGUACCCAGCCCAAGGUUACGCCGAGCGUGACCCAGUCGAGUUCGACCAGCAAGUAAAGGUCGAGCAACGCACCGUUGACGGUCACUCCGAGCGUAAACACAAGCGGGACAUGGGAUAUUACGACGAAGACGGACACUACCACUCCUUCCGCCACGGAGUUCGCCGCGCCGCUGACAAGAUCUUGCACCCAUUCGAGAGCCACCACCACCACCACUCUCACCACGACUCGGGCCGCACUGAGCGUGUCGAAGAAGACGUCGUUGUCAAGGACCGCGAGAUCACCAUGAGUGCACCACGUGGAGGUUCCUACAGCGCCCCACGCUACGCUGGGGCUCCCAACACCAUCACCAUCCCAUGCCACCACAUCCGCAUCGGUGACUUGCUCAUCCUCCAAGGCCGCCCAUGCCAAGUCAUCCGCAUCACCACCUCUGCACAGACUGGCCAGCACCGCUACCUCGGUGUUGACCUCUUCACCAAGCAACUGCACGAGGAGAGCUCAUUCGUCAGCAACCCAAGCCCAUCCGUUGUUGUCCAGAACAUGAUCGGUCCUGUCUUCAAGCAGUACCGCGUUCUUGACAUCCGUGAUGACGGCCGCGUUGUCGCCAUGACUGAGACCGGUGAUGUCAAGCAGGGCCUUCCUGUCCUUGACCAGAGCGACCUGCUCAACCGUCUUCAAGACUCUUUCAACAACGGCCGUGGCAGUGUCCGCGUGCUUGUCAUCAGCGAUGAGGGCCGUGAGCUCGCCGUCGACUACAAGGUCGUCCACGGCUCUCGCCUGUAAACAAUUCGAAGCUGCAGCAGCUGUAUGAUGGAACAUGAAUGCAUGCAUGGUGAUAUGCCGCAAACGAAAGAAAAAAGUCAUUUGGAGCGACGUUCACGAUUGGGGUUACGCUUCUCAAUGUACCUUUUGGUGUGAUCAACGCCUUUAAUGGGAUACAUCAAUGAGGCGCACUGUGCAUAAUGCGAAGAGGGUCGAAUAGGAUGAGACAGAUUGUGUAUAGUACGUACAUGGCGUAUUGCGAACAUGAUUUGAUCUGAUGAACUGUUGUUUCCCUUCUCUCCAUACCCCGGCCCGUGUUGAAGUGUUGUCGGCU